GGUACCUGGCCCGCCGGGGAGCCAGGGGUGGGCUCUCUGGGGACCGCCGGCAGCCCCCCCAGAUCCGCACCGCCAGCCGCCGAGGAGCUCAGGGUUCCGGGCGUAGAGGCUGCGCUGUCACAUGGGCGGCGGCGACGGGGCCGCAUUUAAGCGGCCGGGGGACGGCGCCCGCCUCCACCGGGAGCCCGGCCCGCGCUCCUCCUCCCCAGUGCCUGAUUCAGCACCCUGUGCGCUGUCCACGCUCUGGGCCCUUGGAGAGGACGUGGUUUUUGAUGCUAAGGCCUGGGAUGGCAGCUUGGAGAUGGAGCUCCUGGAGCCGGCAGUCCACGCCUCUGGCACCCGGCAUCUUUCAAGCUGCAUCACCAUCAUCGUCACCGACAUCAUGGUUGUCAUCAUCAUUGUCAUUGCCAUGAUGUGCCUGGAGGAGCAGGCCAGCUACCCAGGGGCGCAGACGAGCGAGGCGGGGCUGGCGGACUCCGGAGAUCUCCCUGGACCGCUCCUGACGCUGGCCCAGAACUGCGCUGCCGUGCACAGCCUGCUGGGCCCUGCCUGCGUCUUCCUGCGCAAGGGCUUCGCCGAGAACAGGUGGCCUGACAGAUCGCUGCGGCCAGAGGAGAUCGAAGAGCUCCGGGAGGCCUUCAGAGAGUUUGACAAGGACAAGGAUGGCUACAUCAACUGCCGGGACCUGGGCAACUGCAUGCGCACCAUGGGCUACAUGCCCACCGAGAUGGAGCUCAUCGAGCUGUCCCAGCAGAUCAACAUGAACCUGGGUGGCCAUGUGGAUUUCGAUGACUUUGUGGAGUUAAUGGGUCCCAAACUCCUGGCCGAGACGGCAGACAUGAUUGGCGUAAAGGAACUGCGAGAUGCCUUCCGAGAGGUCAGUGCUGGACGGCGGUUUGAUACCAAUGGUGAUGGGGAGAUAAGCACCAGCGAGUUGCGAGAAGCCAUGAGGAAGCUCCUGGGCCACCAGGUGGGACACCGAGACAUAGAGGAGAUCAUCCGAGACGUGGACCUCAACGGGGAUGGGAGAGUGGACUUUGAAGGAGGCCGCGAGGGCCCCUCCAGGACUGCCAAGCCCCCGCAGGCGGGGAGAAGCGGAGCCCAGGCUCACCUCACCCUGCCGGAGACACCGAGCGCCCAGGAUGUACUGGCGGAUGGGGCCUGCCUGCACCCCUGGGAGGUGCCCACCCCGGACCCCCACCCCUCCGCACUGUGAAAGACUCACAACUCCUGCAACUGGAAAGGGGGGCGCCCGCCCAUGAGGACGCCACCGUGCCAAGCCGGCAGAGGCCAUGCCAGGCGCCAAGUGCCAUGGACCCAGCCGCUGCUGGCUGGGUGGGCCGGGGGCCGCCAGCAGACCCCACACAGCAUGUGUGCCCUGGGGCAAAGCAUCGCUCUCCUUAGCUCUCUGCCCGCCCCAGCUCGCCUCAGCCCUGUUAUCUCAGAACCAAUAAAAUAUUUCCA